AUGAGGUUCUGCUUGUUACAUUAUGACUGCAAGCAGCUCAUCAGAGGAAACUUACUGCUGGCGACUUAUUUCAUGGUGGUGGGUUUGAAACACACACACACCCGUUCACUGCAGGGUCCAGCCUCUGGCUACACACACACACACACCCCUUCACUGCAGGGUCCAACCCCUGGCUACACACAAUCCCCGCUGCACCAUACACACCUUCACAGCAGGGUCCAGCCCCUGGCUACACACACACACACACACACACACCCCUUCACUGCAGGGUCCAACCCCUGGCUACACACACACACCCGUUCACUGCAGGGUCCAGCCUCUGGCUACACACACACACACACCUUCAAAGCAGGGUCCAACCCCUGGCUACACACAAUCCCCGCUGCACCAUACACACCUUCACAGCAGGGUCCAGCCCCUGGCUACACACACACACACACACACACACCCCUUCACUGCAGGGUCCAACCCCUGGCUACACACACACACACACCCGUUCACUGCAGGGUCCAGCCUCUGGCUACACACACACACACACCUUCAAAGCAGGGUCCAACCCCUGGCUACACACAAUCCCCGCUGCACCAUACACACCUUCACAGCAGGGUCCAGCCCCUGGCUACACACACACACACACACACACACCCCUUCACUGCAGGGUCCAACCCCUGGCUACACACACACACACACCCGUUCACUGCAGGGUCCAGCCUCUGGCUACACACACACACACACCUUCAAAGCAGGGUCCAACCCCUGGCUACACACAAUCCCCGCUGCACCAUACACACCUUCACAGCAGGGUCCAGCCCCUGGCUACACACACACACACACACACACACCCCUUCACUGCAGGGUCCAACCCCUGGCUACACACACACACACACCCGUUCACUGCAGGGUCCAGCCUCUGGCUACACACACACACACACCUUCAAAGCAGGGUCCAACCCCUGGCUACACACAAUCCCCGCUGCACCAUACACACCUUCACAGCAGGGUCCAGCCCCUGGCUACACACACACACACACACACACACCCCUUCACUGCAGGGUCCAACCCCUGGCUACACACACACACACACCCGUUCACUGCAGGGUCCAGCCUCUGGCUACACACACACACACACCUUCAAAGCAGGGUCCAACCCCUGGCUACACACAAUCCCCGCUGCACCAUACACACCUUCACAGCAGGAUGGACAUCAGCAAUGUCCUUCAAGACUUUGCUUUUAGGAAUGAAAGCACAAGCUAA